UUGAUUUAUUAGUUUCCCUUUCAUUUACAAAAUGCUAAAGAAAGUAGCAGUUGUGACUGGCGCUAACCAAGGCAUAGGCUUUGCAAUCCUCAAAGGGCUUUGCAAACAUCCAUACCCUGGGGAUGUGAUUUUAACAUCUAGGAAUGAGCAAGCAGGACAGAUAGCAGUAGAUGAACUGAAGAAGGAAGGGCUAACAGCACUUUUUCAUCGCCUGGAUGUCACAGACAGGGAGAGCAUAGAGAAACUCAGAGAUUAUCUGGUAAAAAAUUAUGGCGGACUAGAUGUGUUGGUGAAUAAUGCUGGUACUUCCUUUAAAGCAAAUGCACCAGAGCCAUUUGCAGUCCAGGCUGAGAUCACCAUGAAUACCAAUUUCUUUGGGACACUGCAGGCCUCUAAGAUACUCCUGCCAAUCCUAAAGCCAGAAAGCCGGGUUGUCAAUAUCUCAAGUAUAUUCAGCAAAGACUAUAUGAGCCACUGCAGCCCUGAACUGCAAGCUAAAUUCCACAGCAAGACCAUUACAGAGGAAGAGCUGGUGUCAUUAAUGAGUAGCUACUUAGAGGCUGCAAAGGUUGGAGACCAUGUAGCUAAAGGGUGGCCCAACAUGUCUUAUGCAGUAUCCAAAAUAGGAGUGACAGUAAUGACCCAAAUCCAUGCUAGGCAGAUUUCUGCAGAGAGGCCAGCUGAUAACAUUCUUGUCAACUGUUGUUGCCCUGGUUAUGUCCGCACUUCCUUGACUGGGCCUAAUGCCCCCAAGAGUCCUGAAGAAGGAGCUGAAACACCACUUUUUCUAGCUUUAUUGCCAGCAAGCUCUCAGGGCCCACAUGGAGAAUUUAUGUCUGAGAAAAAGCUGGUAGAAUGGUAAACAGAGAAUAAACAUAUCCUAAAAAUUAUGUUUCUGCUUGUUUGUCUGUGUUCUUCAAUAAACAUUUUUUAAGGUUCUGUUUAAUGUAUUAUUUUAGUCUUACCAUAAAUAAAAUUUUUAAACAGUCAA